ACUCCAGGGGAACAACAGUUCUACAUACUUUCAUUACUCGGGAAGCUUAUAGAGCAUCUCCCUUCAUCGUGGACCAUCGGGUGCCUGUAUGACAUUGGUUGCCAGACUGAUCGUGUGCUUCACAAGUGGAACAUUGCACCUGAGUGGCGGUCACGUCUGGUGUGGGGCAUCUCUAUCUUUCACACCUAUGGACAUCAAUGGGCUUGUCAGCUAUGGUAUCACCCUCGGAAGGAUCGUGUCUGGGGUCUUUCGGAUGGUGAAGUGUGUGAGCGUUUUUGGAGUGAACUGCGACAGCUCAUACCAAGUCUUCAGGUUGCGGGG